AUGCGAUACAAGGGAGAAGCUAGCUUAACAAGCUUUAUAGAAGAAGAUCCUAUCUCUAAAAGGAAAAACACAAAAAGAGACUAUACACUUUGUUGCUUGUGCUCCAAGAAAUUUAUUCAUCUUGUUGUAAUGACCCAUCGUGCACUCUUAGCCCAGCUUAACUCUCCUUGUAAACUCAUAAUCUCUGUAAGCCCAUCAACCUAA